AUGGCGGCGCAGUGCUGCUGCCGCAAGGCGCCCGGCGCCGAGGCCGCGCCCGCCCGCCCGCCGCCCGAGCCGCCGCCCGCCCUGGACGUGGCCUCGGCCUCCAGCGCGCAGCUCUUCCGCCUCCGCCACCUGCAGCUGGGCCUGGAGCUGCGGCCCGAGGCGCGCGAGCUGGCCGGGUGCCUGGUGCUGGAGCUGUGCGCGCUGCAGCCGGCGCCCCCCGCGCUCGUGCUCGACACGCACCCGGCCCUGCGCCUGCACUCGGCCGCGUUCCGCCGCGCCCCCGCCGCCGCCUCCGAGACGCCCUGCGCCUUCGCCUUCCCCGCCCCCGGGCCGGAGCCCCCACGGCCGACCUUCCCCGAGUGCCCCGGCGCCGAGCCUGCCUGCUGCCCGCUGGCCUUCAGAGUGGACCCGUUCACCGACUACGGCUCCUCGCUCACCGUCACGCUGCCCCCCGAGCUGCAGGCGCACCAGCCCUUCCAGGUCAUCCUGCGUUACACCUCGACCGACGCUCCCGCUAUCUGGUGGCUGGACCCGGAGCUGACUUAUGGCAAUGCCAAGCCCUUCGUCUUCACGCAGGGCCACUCCGUGUGCAACCGUUCCUUCUUCCCUUGUUUUGACACGCCUGCCGUGAAGUGUACCUACUCAGCGGUCGUCAAGGCCCCCGUGGGCGUGCAGGUGCUGAUGAGUGCCACCCAGAGCACAUACGUGCAGGAGGAAGGAGUCUACCACUUCCACAUGGAACACCCAGUGCCCGCCUACCUCGUGGCCCUUGUGGCUGGAGACCUCAAGCCAGCGGACAUCGGGCCUAGGAGCCGAGUGUGGGCCGAGCCGUGCCUCCUGCCCACAGCCACCAGCAAGCUGUCCGGCGCCGUGGAGCAGUGGCUGAGUGCGGCCGAGCGGCUCUACGGGCCCUACAUGUGGGGCAGGUACGACAUCGUCUUCCUGCCCCCGUCCUUCCCCAUCGUGGCCAUGGAGAAUCCUUGCCUCACCUUCAUCAUCUCCUCCAUCCUGGAGAGUGACGAGUUCCUGGUCAUUGACGUCAUCCACGAGGUGGCCCACAGCUGGUUUGGCAAUGCAGUCACCAACGCCACGUGGGAGGAGAUGUGGCUGAGCGAGGGCCUGGCCACCUACGCACAGCGCCGGAUCACCACGGAGACCUACGGUGCCGCCUUCACCUGCCUGGAGACCGCCUUCCGCCUGGAUGCCCUGCACAGGCAGAUGAAGCUGCUGGGAGAGGACAGCCCGGUCAGCAAGCUGCAGGUCAAGCUGGAGCCAGGCGUGAACCCCAGCCACCUGAUGAACCUGUUCACCUAUGAGAAGGGCUACUGCUUCGUGUACUACUUGUCCCAGCUCUGCGGAGACCCCCAGCGCUUCGACAGCUUCCUCCGGGCCUACGUGGACAAAUACAAGUUCACCAGUGUCGUGGCCCAGGACCUGCUGGACUCCUUCCUGAGCUUCUUCCCAGAGCUAAAGGAGCAGAGUGUGGACUGCCGGGCAGGGCUGGAGUUCGAGCGCUGGCUCAAUGCCACGGGCCCGCCUCUGGCUGAGCCGGACCUGUCUCAGGGAUCGAGCCUGACCCGGCCCGUAGAGGCCCUGUUCCAGCUCUGGACCGCGGAGCCCCUGGACCAGGCAGCUGCCUCCGCCAGCGCCAUUGACAUCUCCAAGUGGAGGACCUUCCAGACGGCACUGUUCCUGGACCGGCUCCUGGAUGGGUCCCCACUGCCCCAGGAGGUGGUGACCAGCCUGGCCCAGUGCUACUCCUCACUGCUGGACUCGAUGAACGCCGAGAUCCGCAUCCGCUGGCUACAGAUUGUGGUGCGCAACGACUACUACCCGGACCUGUACAGGGUGCGCCGCUUCCUGGAGAACCAGAUGUCACGCAUGUACACCAUCCCGCUGUACGAGGACCUGUGCACAGGCGCCCUCAAGUCCUUCGCCCUGGAGGUCUUCUACCAGACGCAGGGCCGGCUACACCCCAACCUGCGCCGCACCAUCCAGCAGAUCCUGUCCCAGGGCCUGGGCCCUGGCACCGAGCUCAGCGGGGAGCCAGGCGGUGCAGCCGUGGACGUCGACUCGGACUCACAGGCCCUGCUGCUUGGGGACGAGGCCCCUGGCAGUGCCAUCUCUCUCAGGGACGUCAACGUGUCCGCCUAGCCCUCCGCACCCCACCCCCGACACCAUGAUUGUGCCUUCUGUGCCCGGGUUGCCGUGACUGUGCCUUGGCUCCGGCCAUGAGCGCCGCCCGGGCUCCCCCAGCCCCAGCCCCCUCGUGUCUGGCAGGGGCCUGCGGAACCACCCAAUCCCCUGCCCACCCUCUUGCACUGCAGGCCCCUGGCUGGCCAGCACACGCCACACCUCCGUCUCAACACUGACAGCCGUGCCAGACCCGGACACCAGCACUUGCUGGGCGCUGCCCCCAGGCCCACGGCCACCACCACAUUGUGCCUUAUGUCUGCGAGGAGGUCUGGCCCCCGCUGUCCUACAGAGCCCUCCCCCUUACCCCUAGCCUGGGUGUGGCAGCUUCCAGGGCCCCUGGCACAGGGACCACGGCGUGUGUAUCCCCCAUGUGUGGGGGUGAGGGCUGCUGGGAGCAGGUGCCCUCCCCUGCCCGACCCAGGGGAAGCCUUAGCUCUGUGGGGAUACAGGGUCUGGCCCCCAGGGAGGUGGGCACUGGACACUGUCCACCUCGCUGCCUGGGAGGUGCAGGGCACUGCUGUUCCCUGGGGACUGGGGAGGGAUACCGCUGCUCUUCGGGAAGCAGUGGGCAGGGGGCCCUGGCCUAGGACUGCUGUAUGGGGAGUCUCGGUGGACAUCCCAUUAAACUUCCACUCUGCA